AUGGGUAAACCAUUGAGCAGGCCAGACUGUUUAAGGAGGAACCCUACCUGCCUGGGGAAGGGGGAGGAUGAGGAUGGCUAUAUAGAGGAUUGCUAUGUUCCACAGCGAUCUAUAUAUGAUACAAUGAGGAUAAAUGAACAGAUUGAUCAGGGGUCAAAGCUUAAUCAGACUUCAAAAAGCACCAUGGAAAAGAUGGAAGGUAGUACCAUAUCUAGUAAUGGUACAUUAGGAGCAGCAUCGAAUGUUUUUGAAUCUAGAGCACCAGAAGGCAAAAAGCUGGAUGAGAGAAUAAUAUUUGAUGCCUUAAAACUAAGCAAUGAUGUGCAAAAGUCAGCACCUGUGCCACCCAGAAGGCGGCCUAAUGCAGAACGCAAAGACAAUGUUAACAGGAGAUCAUGGAAAUCCUUCAUGCCACCUAAUUUCCCAGAAUUUGCAGAAAGGAUGGAAGCUUCUCUUAGUGAAGUUUCAGAAGCUGGUGCUUCAAAUCCUUCCUUGCAAGAGAAGAAGGAAUCCAGUUCUGCAUUGACAGAAAGCUCUGGUCAUUUGGACCACAGGGAACAACCUCAGUCAGAGUCAGUAACUUUGGAACAUGUGUCCAAAUGCAUGGCUCUUCCAGAAGUGCAAGAUGUGAAAAAUGGAAAUGGAGACUGCCAGGACUUCAGAUUCCAGCAGCACAGUGAGAGCUCUCCACAUGAAUUCCAGCCUUUGGUAUCAGAAGCUGCAUCAGCAAGUGGUAACACAGAUGUAAUGCAGGAAUACAGAUACUCAAGUGCAACCUGGCCCAGGGCCAUGAAAAGUUCUGCUAAGGGAGGUUUCAGUGGGAAGCAGCACCCACUUGGAGACCCAGUCUGUACUGUGGAAAUGCCACCCCUCUCUCCUUGCUUGAGUGAAGAGCUGUUAGAUCCAGCAUUACCCAUUCUCAUAACUGCCAGCCUGAGAGAGAAAACAGAGUCUGAACUGAAGUUUGAGGAGGAUGAGCGGUGGAUCAUGAUGGAGGCUGAGGAGGAAUGGGAGGAAGAGAAACUGUCAGAGACGGGAGGAAAGACUUUUCUAAUGGCAGAUGAGAAGAACAGCCUGGCAGACAUUUUUGAAGAAAGAGAACAAGCAAACACAGUGGCAAUGGUGGAGGCUGGAACUGAUUGCUUAGCUGCUGUCUUGGGGACUUUUGACCAUGUAGCCAUUGAUCAGAUUUCUUGCUCUGAAGACUCACAGCCAGCUGGAGACCAACUGGCUUCCUCUCCCAAGGAUAUACCCCUGGAUUGCAGUUGUGUUUUUGCAGGUGAGGGUUCAGUUGAUGAGAUGAAAACCAGAACUGUUCAGGAGCUAGAAGAUCUUGUCUUAGAAUUAGAAUGUCCUGUUGAUGCAGAGCAGUUCUCUGACACAGAUUCAGUACAGAUGUUUCUUGAACUUGAAAAGGAGUGUUUAUGUGAAGGAGUAACUCCUUCAGAUGAACUACAGAAUGAAGCCUCUUCUGAAGGGCUGGCCUCAUCCCAGAAUGCCGAAAAUACACUUACAAUUAGCCAUUUUUCAGGGGCUGCCUUAGAUAAGGAACAGAACACAGACCUUUUAAAUAUAAAAGUAAAGGACCAUGAUAUUGGAUUGGAUUGCAAAUAUAUUAAUACCCUGGAUUCUUCCCAGGUACCUAAUGCUGUGGAAUUUACUGCCUAUCCUGAUAUAAGGGACAUUUGCAAGGACUGUGAAAAAGUGCCUUUUAACCUUGAGAGUGUAGGGAAAUAUAAGUCUCCAGGUGAUCUGGAAUCACUAGGCGAGUUGGACACAAUAGGAUUUCUGAACUCUGAUCAUAACACUUCUUGUGAAGAAAAAUUAUCUUUUGCUUCUGAGGUGGUCAAAGAAAAUGGCAAUUUGUCCCAAGUAGAAUGCAGUCAAAAUGAGGGGAAUGUGGAAGAGAAUAUUGAGAGGUUCUCCCUUAGUUUUGCAUUUAGAUCUGAACUAAGAGAUGUUACCUCAAGACCUGAAAUAGAGGUGUUGUCAUCUGAUUCAAGUUUAGUAACAGGUGAGAUUCAUUUGGAAAGUGAGAAAGAAGCUAUUGAUAAAGAAAAUAGCAAUGUGAUGUGCUUGGGAAAUGCGGACUCAUGUGUAUUGUCCACAGAAAAAAUUUGUGAUGAGGACAGUGAGGCAAAAGAGCUGGAUUAUCAAGCCAAGCUCUGGAGGAGUGGAGGCUUCCCAGAGCAAAUCUUCCAGGAUCUCCAGAGAAAAUCUUUAGAGGCAGAAGUUCCGGGUUUACACCUGCUGACUGGAGAACUGAGACAUAGAAGAGAUGGAGUGGAAACUAUGAGUGAUAAAAAGCCUGAGCUGGACCUAGCAUCAUCACAGAGAGAGGAAAUGGAAAUGCGAGAUUCAGAUUCAUGCCUGAAUGUUUUCCCAGAGGAACAGGUUACCAAAGCUAGUAAUACUGAGCCAGUUUUAGAGGAAUGGACAUCUAACCAACAGAUACGUGCCCUGACUGUUACAGAGCCCACCCUAGAAGACAUCUCAGUUAUUGCAGUGUCUGCCUCAAAGGGGCCUGCUAUCUCAGCUGCUGCUAUAGAGACCUCAGUGGAGGACAUCCCAGUUGCCUCAGUGGCCACUAUAGACACAUGUAUCCCAGCCACUGAAGUGGUCACCUUAGAAGAGGAAGUUACAGCUGUUCAAAUACUAGCCUCAGAGAGAGCUGCCCCCCUAACUAUUGCAGUGACUGCUCCUGAGGCUCCUCUUCCAGCUGCUGUAGUAUCCUCUCUAGUGAAGACUGCUCUAGCUGCUGCUGCAGCCAUCACUGAGGAGGAUAUGUCAGCUUUUGCAGAGUCUUUCUUAGAGAGGACUACUUCAACGGCUACUGUACCCAUCGCAGGGGAGGAUGACACCCCAGAAGGGCUUGGCACUCUAGCUGCCUCAGGGCCCAUCCCAGAGGAUCCCGACUCUCCAGUUGAUACAGUUUGUGAACCAGAUCCUUCAGGGCCAACUGCCACAGAGGAAACUGCACUGCCAGCUCUUGCAGGGCCCACCACCCCAGAGGAGCUUGUUGCCUCAAAUACUGCAGGGCCCACCACCCCAGAGAAGCCUGCUGCCCUAACUCUCGCAGGGCCUUCUACCCCAGAGAAGCCUAAUGCCUUAGCUGUUGCAGUGCCCUCCCCAGAGGAGCUGUUUACAGAGUCUGAUGCAGAGGACUGUGCAACCCCAGCUCCUUCAGAACCCACCCCAACAAAGCCUGUCAGUGUAUUCACCCCAGAAGGACCUGCUAUCCCAGCUGCUGCAGUGCCUCCUUUGGAGGAGGUUUUUACCACUGGUGAACCCUUCCAGGGAAGUACUGCCCAAACUGAUUCAGUGCCUUUCUCAGAAGAAGGAACCUCUUUUCAUGAGGAGGCUUCCCUCACUGAAAUGAGGAUCAAGGAAGACCUUGAUUCUUCAGCAUUUGGAAUAAAAGAAGUGACUGGCACAGCUCUACAUGAGAAAGUUCCUUUGGCUGCAACUGAUGGAUUAAAUUCAAAUGAGGUAAUUGUUCAUUUUGCUGCCAGAAAGGAUCUAAAGAGUAAAGUGAGAUUUACAAGAACUCUAACUUGGUGUUAA